GCCAAAAAGCGCAGAGCGCGCGCGAGCUCCGGCAGCCCUUCAGAAGCGCUUUCAAACGGGAGGAGGACGCGGCGCUCCCGCUGAGCAAACAAACAGUCAGACAGACGCGCAGUACUUUUAAAGCCAGUUAUUUAACGCUUAUUAUUAGAGUGUGAGGCGGAAUAAGCUGAUAUUGCUGGAGCACGAAGCAGAGCAACUCCAGAAACAUCAAGCAGAACAAGUUCUCCAGAAUCUGAGCGCCAUGGCAUCGGUCCCCAGCAGCCAAGUCAAAUGCAAGUUCAAGCGGAGGAGGAGGAGAAGGUCAAAGCGAAAAGAGAAGAUGAAUAUGUUGUCUGCUUUGAUCACCCCCUUCAAGUACAUGAGUCCAGUGGCUAAUGGGACAGAGGACGAAGACACUUUGAGCACCAGCAGUGCUGAGGUGAAGGAGAACCGUAACACUGGAAACCUGGAGGACUGCACUAAUGUACCAACAGACUGCCAAACCCUCUUCCUGACCGACUCAUCCAGAGACGGGACGUCUGGCCUCAAGCGAAAACGUCCACUGGAGGAGGACAAUAAUGGACACUUGUGCAAACUGCGUCUGUACUGCAAGAAACUGGCGUGGUCCGACGCACCAAAGAACGCUCUGGUCCAGCUGAACGAGCUGAAACCGGGCCUGCAGUUCCGCAUGGUCUCUCAGACGGGGCCGGUACACGCACCCCUAUUCUCUAUUGCCGUAGAGGUCAACGGCCUCACCUUUGAGGGCACCGGGCCAACAAAAAAGAAAGCUAAGAUGAAGGCGGCUGAGAUGGCCCUCAAGUCGUUCGUUCAGUUUCCCAAUGCCCCGCAAGCUCACUCGGCCAUGGGCAGCUUGAGCAACCCCGCAGCCGAUUUUACCUCGGACCAGGCCGACUUCCCCGACACGCUGUUUAAAGGUUUCGAGCCGGACGGUUGUCGCUCCGCGGAGAGCGAGCUGCUUUCUAGCGCCUUCCGGUUGCGUCACACGCUGGACUUGAUGGUUGUACAAGCCAGGCAGGGAGACCCCUGUCUACCCCCACCUCUUCCACCACCGCCCCAGCCCAGCCCCGUCGUCCUGCUGAACGACCUGCGGCCCGGCCUCCGAUACGCCUGUCUGACGGAAGGCGCGCAUGGCAAACGGGCGCACCGCAGCUUUGUCAUGGCCGUGCGAGUAGACGGAAGGAUAUUCGAGGGCUCGGGUCGCAGCAAGAAGCAAGCAAAGAGACAGGCGGCUUUGUGGGCCCUUCAGUCCCUCUUCAACAUCAGGCUGGCACCUGAGGCGAGAGCGGGACAGCGGCCCAGCAGGAUCAAAUGCCCUCAUUUGCCCCAGGAGUUUGCGGAUGCGAUAUUCCACUUGGUGCGAGAGAAAUACACCGAGCUGGCCGGCUGCUCCUCGCUGCUGCAUGCGCGUCACAAAGGCCUGGCGGGCAUCGUCAUGACCAGAGGUCUGGAUCUCAGACAGGCUCAAGUGGUGGCGUUAUCCACAGGCACUAAAUGCAUUAAUGGAGAGUAUAUGAGUGACCAGGGCUUGGUGGUCAAUGACUGCCACGCAGAGAUCACGACUAGACGAGCCCUGCUGCGCUUUCUGUACUCUCACCUGGAGUUACACCUCAGCAAAAGGAAAGAAGACUGGGAACAAUCGAUCUUCGUACGGCACAAAGACUCGUGUUUGAGACUGAGCGAGAACGUCCUCUUCCACAUGUACAUCAGCACAUCGCCCUGCGGUGACGCCCGAGUCAACUCGCCGUACGAAAUCACCUCCGAUUUGCACAGCAACAGACACUUGGUGAAGAAGUUUCACAGUCACCUACGAACAAAGAUUGAAUCAGGGGAGGGUACACUGCCUGUGAAGUGCACGGGUCCCGUACAGACGUGGGACGGAGUCCUUGAAGGACAACGGCUCAUCACCAUGUCUUGCACCGACAAGAUUUCCAGGUGGAAUGUGCUUGGACUACAGGGGGCGCUGCUCAGUCACUUUGUGGAGCCGGUGUAUCUGUACAGUCUGACAGUGGGCAGUCUGAGACACACGGGUCAUUUGUCCCGGAUGAUGAACCACAGGAUGGAGAGUGUCGGACCUCUGCCCACGUGCUACCGCCGCAGCCAGCCUUUACUCAGCGGCUUGAGCCGCAGUGACUGCAGGCAGCAGGGGAAGUCUGCGUGUUACAGUGUCAACUGGACCUCAGGAGACACACAACUGGAGGUGCUCAAUGCAUCUACUGGAAAGAGGAGGGACUCUGGAGCUCCGUCCAGACUUUGCAAGCAUGCGCUUUUUGCACGGUGGAUCAGGCUCUAUCGCAAGCUGGUGGUUCGCGGAGCGCCUCAGAAUGACACGUCGCUGUUAUACAGUGAAGCAAAGCAGGCCGCUGGCACCUACCAGACUGUGAAGCUGCAGUGGUUGAAGGGUCUACAGGAAGCUGGACUGGGGACCUGGGUCAGAAAACCUCCUGAGCAGGAAAACUUCACUAUGACUGUAUGAGAGUGGAAGCCUAACCUGGGCGUCACCACCCAAACCACUUUCACCCUCCAACCGACCGCCACGGAAGCCCUUUGUCACCCAAAGCAUCUGGUCAACAACGUCCCACUGCCAAAAAAUCUUUAAGGGAAGAUGAUACAGGUGUUGUCAAUGAGUGUCUUGGAAUCAUUAAUGUCAACGGCAAAAAAAAUAAAAUUGUAGUUAAGUAGUGGAAGUACCGUACACGGGUUGGUGGUCUGGAGGGUUGAAAAGCAUAAAUGUGAAUCCCAUAUUAUUUUUGUUAAGGCACUUACCUGAAUCACUCAGUACAACACAUUUUAUAAUUUCAGCUGUAAAGUACUUUUUGAGAUAUAACUACUUUUCUAGGUGGAUGAACGUACAGUAUAGUUAUGGAUGACCUAAAUGACCAUUAUAAAUGGUGUUACAGGUAGUUACGUCACAUCCUUUUCUGGUAUCAUUGCACGUAUCCCACAAAAGUUGAAAGAGUAACCAAACUGGAUAUAAAAUAACACAGAUAAGGGAGUUAUUUCACGCUCAAGUCAACAUGUAUGCGUGUCGUGUGGGUAUACAUUUAAAACAGUAUGCAUUUUAAUAUGUCCCAUUUACCUUACUUGUGUUAUUGUAAUCACAGAUUUGUCUUUAAUGUGCCACAGUUGUUUUCUGUCAUUGACUUACAUUGAACCCUGAACAUUCCUUAAAAGUCUAGAGUUGAAUGAUAACUAUAAAGAUAACUAUAACAAUACCCAUAUUAGCGUUCACACCAAUGGACGAUAAUGUUAUGUUUAUUCUCAGUUCAUUGGGAAAGGCUAUCGCUCCAUUAUAGUUUUUCAAAGACAAAUAUUGCGAUGCAUCAUGGGAUUGAAUGAGUGCAUUCAAUAAUUAGACCCCAUAAAAUGGAUGUCUCCUUAAAUAGUGAACUACAGGGAAUAGGGGGCUAUUUAAUACACAGCUCGUGACUCUUCUAUUGGUCACACGUCUUUACGUGAUACAAAUCCGCAGUUUACCAAACUGAACUUUAGAAUGCCAUGAAAUUUCGCAUGAGCUUGUGUCUGUGUAACGGAGGCCAGCGAGAGAGAAGCUGUGGGCGGAACCUCACUCCCCGACCAACAGAGACACUCUAGCGACAGACGCUAUAGAGUCUUAAUUCUCCUUGUUAGAGCGCCGUCUCCCAUCCGGACCGACGCUGGUUUGAGGCGAGGAGGACCUAUAACAUCUGCAUAAUUCAUGUGUAUGAUUGGAAGCCAAAGGAACGAAAAGUCUAUGUGACCAUGACGUCAGUAUCAGUAUGUCAUAUUCCAAUUUAAAUGCGCAAGCCCUUUAAAUGUAUUUUGAUUGGCUGUCAGUGUGUGUUUGUCAUCAGCUGGAAAAUAUCACUCUAGAAGUGAUCCCAAUAAUAGAUGCUUUCAGCGGCAACAACAUAAAAAAACCUUAUGUGACCCAAACUUAAUUUCUGUUAGACCUCUGCAAAGAAUCAAUAACUGUUGAUAGUUUUGUUGUAAUUGAAUACAAACGAAACAUUAAUAUACUUUUAUAUUAAUAUAAAUUAAAUAUAUUAAGUAGGGCUGUCAAACGAUUAAUCGCAUCCAGAAUAAAAGUUUGUGUUUACAUAAUAUAUGUCUGUGUACUGUGCAUAUUAACGUUGUGUUUAUAAUCACAUACACAUACAUGCAUAUAUUUAAGAAAAAAUUAAAAUAUAAAAAAUAAUAAACGUUUAUAUGUAAUUUAAGUUAUUGGUAAAUAUAAAUAAUACAUCUCAAAUUUUUAUUAAAUAUAUAUACAUUAAUGUAUAUGUUUUUGUAUUUAUAAAUACAAAUUAAUAUGCACAAUACACGGACCCAUAUUAUGUAAAAACAAAUUUUUAUUCUGGGUGCGAUUAAUCGUUUGACAGCCCCAAUACGCCCUUUUCACAUGACGUCACGCAUCUUCCGUUCUGCCGCAAAGCAGUGUAUCAUUACUUCCGCUAGCACUCCAGUUCAUAAGGUGGCGGUAAUGCACCUAUAAGCUGUUUUGCCAACCGCCAGUAAAACUCAAGAAGAAGUUACUUCCGCUAGCGCCUCAGAAUGGAGUUUACCACGUGGCUUGCACAUCUGCCACAAAUACGGCUAGAUCAAAGCUAGAGAAAGGAUACAAAUUCUUCGUUGAACAGUACUUGUUUGAUUAUGAAGGUAAGUGUUUUGUUUUCUUUUUGUGUUAGUGAAGGUGCUAGGAUAAGUACUUGAAUACGUGUUCUGUCAGUUUUUUUCUCUCACUGUUGUUAAAUUCCAGCGCGACAGCAAAAUGGAAGUUCUUCUUGUUUGUUGCAAGACGGAUGUUAUGAUACACUGCUUUGCAAAAAGGCGGAAGUUAAGUGACGUCAUUGUGAAAAGGGCGUAUUGUUAUAUUAUAGCAGCCAGACCUAUACCCAAAUACAGACCGGAAGUUAACUUGGGGACAGGCGUCUGCGUCCGUUGAAACUGCCUGAGUACCUGUAUUUGUUAUUGUUAUAGUGUGCUUCUGCGGCUAGCCGCUUAAGUUUAGAUCAUCUCUUAAACUUAUAUGGUUAUCAUUAUAGUUAUCGUCUGUGGUGUGAACCGACUUUAAAAGUGAGGUUACCUACAGUCAUCCAAAUUAAAAUGUUGAGUUAACAGAACAGCGGUUACCGUCUUCGAGGGCAAAGUUGCAUUACAAACAGGGCCAUAUUUUACUCACAACACCCAGCAGAUGCGAAGGAUUGCCACUUUCUCUCCACAUUGGCAGCUUUCGUGUAGCUGUCAUUCUAACGUGUGUAUGUGUGUUAACCUUCGCCAAAGUGAAAGGCAGGAGCCGUCUUGUCAUUAUCUGCCCGUUUCCGGAUGGCCUGCCCCUGAAGAGCUCCGACACGCUGUCCAAUUAGAGGUCCUGUCAGAAUGAUACGUCCCCAGUUUUCCUCUCGCUCUUCGCCUUUAGUUCAUCGCUACGACUGUAAAAUGAGCAAGAGAGAGAGAGUAGGAAAAAACAGAGUUGGGUUUGACAUUGCAAAGACAGGUUAAUUCAGCCCCAUUUUGCGUGUGCAGGUUAAAGGUAAUGGUGACAAGCUAAUGUAAAUGUUGCCAUUACGACACCCCGGGUCUCUGCAACGCACUUACUGUUUUUCCGGUACAGCUUGUUGCUUUAAUACCUCAAUCAACGCUUUCGUUCACAGGUGACAUGCUAUUUCUCCGCUGGGUUUCUCCUUUGUGUGUCAGAGCUGUAUCUUUACAGCGCGCGCAGGGCAGAGACGCACGUGAAAAGAAAGGGGAAACGUCGGCGGUUUGACGUAGACACAAAAGACAAGAAACGGAGUUUAAAUCGAGCUUAAGGAGUGUGAGUAGAGAUCCAUAAUUACGUACUGUGUAAUUUUAAAGAGUCAUUUACAAACCGAGCACCUGCCGUGUAAUGUCCCAACCCAGCCUUUGAAACGCAUGCCAGUUUGCCCCAUGUUUAACCAAAAUGGUCGUUUUAUGAUUUAUAAAUGUACGUUUUUUGAUUACGUACAUUUGUUUUUGUUUGGUUAAGUAUACGUGCUUUAAAGCCUCAAACUACUUUAAGAUGAUCACAUUCUGUCUGUAAAUGGGUUAUUCAUGUACCAAUGACAUCACCAUACUCCACGAUUCUUAUAUUUUAAUUGACUAGCAGCAUUUAUUAUUUUAAUGGAUUUGUUUGCAUAAUUCGAUAUUAGUGUACUUUAUUACCUCUCAGUGUGUAUUUUCAAAGCUACUUUGUCAAUCCUUUCCACCGUUUACAAACAACCUAGUGGUGAUAAAAUAUAUAUGUUUAUUCUCACGUCUACAGUAUAUACUGUGUAUAUCAUCAUUGUAACACAUUUUUAAUCACUAUCUGUUCACCCCAGCUAAAGCGUGAGAAACCUUGUCUACCAACACUAAUUCAAUAGUAUUAGAAAGAUUGUUAGGAGCGUUUGCUGUCUUUGUCUUCUGUUUCUCUUGGACUGUUUGGAAUUAAUCUUUCUGUUAAUGCUUGACAUUGAUGCUACUGACAGAUACUGAUCCGGUCCAUUUAUAUAUAUUUAUAUCAUGCUAUGACAAUAGUGAAAGGUCCAAUUUGACAGUCCAUAAUCUAUGAUGUUAGUGCACGUAUGUCUGGUUAAUGUUUCACCAAGUUUAAAAUAGCACAAAAACAACGUUUUUUGCAGUAGGCCAAUGUUUGAAACCUUCCCUUUAGGUUUUUAUAAUGGAAGCAAACAUGAAAACCCCUGAUGAAACGGUCGCAUCAAGUAAUUCUGUGGCAUGACUGAAUGGCAAUAUUGUAAUAAUGACUGUACAUUUUGUAAAAUUUGUAAAACGACUAAAGACUAAAAGAAAAACUAUAAGAACUCUCAAUAAAGUGUACAUUUAAAUCCACAGGCAUA